UCAUUAACGUUAAUAUGUGUAAAUACUGUCUCAGCUGAUUGCUCUGACAAUAAAGAUAUUUGUGAAUGGAUUAACUGGAAUCCUUGGAAUAAAUGUUCUAGGACAUGUGGGGGUGGAACCAGACAAAGAUCGAGGAGUCUUUGCUGCAAAACUGGAUUGUCCUUUGAUGAGUGUUUAGAUCAAUGUGGACUCGUAAAUACCGCCUCUGACUCGGAAACUUGUAAUGGAAUAUGCUUUAAUGGGGGUAUAUUCAGCUCAAGUUGUUCUUGUACAGACGCUUUCUAUGGUUCUUGUUGUCAAACAGAUUGUCCUGCAUUAAGCGAGUGUAAACGCCGAAAUUGCACAGCAUCCUACAAUGUCAUCUGCAAAGAGUGUAACGAUGACAAUGUCUUCUUCAAGCGUUACAACAGAGACAAGGAGUGUCAGAGAAUGUGUUCCUGGAACAACCACUAUUGUUGGCCUGGAAGCUGCAGCGCAGGUGGUCUUAAAAAAGAUUGCACAUGCGCAACGGGGUUAAGAAAGAUUUCAACAGAUGGAGAAACGUCAUGUCAACCAACUAAGGCACCAUCAAUAUUAAUUUGUGACACUGUUGCUAUCGGUCCAAACGGUGAAAAGAAGAGAGCAAUGUCAUCGACCUCUUCCACCGCGUGUCAGUAUUUACAAGAUAUGUAUGGCAACUAUCAACCGUCUGUAUUGGAAUUUGGUUUGGUCACGGCAUAUACAAUUUAUAUUUCCAGAUCUUCGCGUCCGUCCUUUAUUGUUGAACAGAACUUUGGUAUAACGGACACAACAAUAUAUAUCAAACGCCAGUCUGUGUCAGGAGCAUUCGCUACUUUAUCAACAGAAAGGCAACUUGCUGACAUAGAUUCGAGUCAGUCCGUUAUUAGUGCGCAUCGAGAUUUAGGCAAUUUGACUGUUACUGCAAGUACCUACAAACUGACAAAUGGCGAGGCAUUAUGUUUGGAGUUCGAAGCUAAAGGUGGUGGAUAUUUAAAAGCAAAGGAUACUAGAACGAAAACCCAUAAUCUCAAUGCUACGUCUUAUCACAAAACUAAAGAACAACGAAAAGUUUGCUAUCGUUAUGACAGUCAACUACCUGAACACUGUUCAAAACAGUACAUGUGCACUUAUGAGCCUUUGCAACUUAAUGAAAGGAUAACACGGUCUUCCGUCCACAAUGUUAAGUUUAACGGUUGGAUGGAUCCUGUCCCUCCAGGAGGAGAGCCGCGCACCGCUUCAUCCAUUGAGAGCUACGAAAUUCGGGUAAAUGAAGUUUUGCCAUCGAAAGGGACACUUAAGGUAGAUUACACAACCAACAUUUUAAGUACAAAGGUUAACCAUACAGUCAAAAACAUGGAUCUUAAUCUUACUUCAGACACACCAAGGCUCUUUUGUUUAACACUGGAGGUGAAGGAUGUUGCAGACAAUGUUCGACAGUGUCGCCGUUUUAUUCUCUACGACAACACUUCGUCCAUUAAAGUGUGGAAUGAAAAACCUUUCAGAUUUACAUUUGCUUCACCUGCUACAAAUUACACUUGGCAAAACGAUCACAACGAUAUAUGCAUAAGCUGGAAAGAUUACUUUUACAACGAUUUCUACAUACAUAAUAAAUUACUCAAUCCUAUUGAGUCCGACCCGCACGGUCUUAUAACAGGCUCAUACGAUCAAAUAACUGGAGAAAUACCUAUCUCCGGGACAUCAAAUGUAUAUGGUAUUAUUGCAUACUAUGUUUCGUGGAGCCUGAAUAAUGGUUCAUUCCCGGCAGAUAUACCCGCCCCUACCUUCACAAAUCAAUCAUUUUGCAAGGAUUUGAAUGUUAAAGACGGUGAUACAUACACACUGAAUGUAAAGGCAAUUGAUAUAGCUGGACAUACUCUAAGCGAUAACCGAACUGUAUUCAUUGAUCGCUCAGCACCACAUCUCAGCGAUAUUUGGCUUGAGAAAGAUGGAUACGAAAUGUUGUUUGUACAUAGUAGCACGGAUCUGUCAAAGAUGAAAAUAACGUUCCAUGCCCUAGACAAACACAGUGGAAUUUCAUCUGUCGCUUGGAUAUUUGGUAGUGCAAAGUCCGACAAAGAGCUUGUAUCAUGGCAAAUUGGUGGUCAAAAGGUUACGGAAAUAUGUUAUAGCGAUAAUAAGGAUAAUAAGUGCUAUUGUCCCCAGAUUGGUCACUGUGAAGUUUUUAAGUACUAUGUCGACCUAGCGGAAUACAUGAAAGAUCACAAGAUCAUCGGUGAACAGAAUAAAGAAUACUUUUUCAAUAUAUCUGUCAAGAACACUGCAGGACUGAUAAGUGAAAAAGGGAUUACCAUAGUAGUAGACGAAACUCCGCCACAAUUUGGAAAUGUGUCCAUAGAACAAUCGAACUCAAAUGUUACCAAUGAUACGGAGCGAUAUAUAGUUGCACACUGGUAAGGAUUUUCUGAUCCGGAGAGUGGAAUUAGAUCCUACCGUAUAAGUGUAAAUAGCCGAUGUUUGAUGAAGGGAGAAAUGUACAGUUUCUCAAAAACUACAAAGUCGGCCUUGAUUUUUGAGCUUUCAUUUAACGAAACUUCGAAAGUAAUGCUCGACAAUUUCACCUGUACACCUUAUAUCACUGUCAUUGCAAUAAACAACGCUCUUCUGUCGUCGUCGGCCAUUUGCAUCGAAGGAAUUACACAGCCAGACAGAGACAGUUGUACAACAGUCAUCCAUGAAGAAGAUAAGACUGUGUUGGCAGUUUCGCUUUCUGUUUCUGGAGCAAUAGCUGUUAUUAUAGGAGCGGGGGUUGUUGUUGUUUAUCAUGUGAUGAAAAGGCGGCGGUCCAAGUCAGAGGCAAGAAAGGAGUUGCGCGUAUCUCAUCAUAAAGAAAAUGUUUCUUUCGAGAGGAAUGAGCAAGAAAAUGAUAUUGCUCACUUACCAGGGAUUGAGGAAAAGCCAUACGAGAAUAUCCCAAAAUUAGAAGGAGAAAGAAUUUCCUCCGUGGACAAUGCAACAUACAUGAACCUUCAACUUAAACCGUCAUGAUUUCUCGAAAGAUCAGCUUGUGGUUUUAAAACAAAUUGAAUUUAAGCUGAAGCUGCAAUUAUUAUGGAUGCUUUAACACUUAUUUUGUUGUUGUGCUAAUAUCAAUAUGAUAAAAAACACGUCUUGAAAAAUGUCGAAGAAUUUCUUUAAAAUGUACAAGACAAUGACAUGAACCACAAUGACUGAAAUACGCUAACCGUACAAAAUGAUACAUCCUUAUCACCUUUUUACCAAAAUUGCGUUAUUAAUAUACUGUUUGUGUUACUACCUAGGCGACAUAUUUACCGCCUAGAUCAUACUUACUAUACUACCCCAUUUCUGCCUCUCGCGGACCAACGCAUGACAUACGGUAAAAAUCCCGAAUAAGAUUAUUGUCAAGACUGCCGUAGUUAAACAGACGACUCACCUCUAAACUUGUAUCAAUUCCCCUGGAUAAAUACAAUAUAUUAACAUCCUUAACAAGAUUAAUCCAAUUUUGUCUAUUGCAGGUGUUUAUAGAAAUACUUAAUCAUCCGAAAUUAUCUAUAAAAAGGAAAAACUAAAGUUAUCUAUAAAAACUAUAUACUUUUCAUGAAGCUGUUAAACAGUUAUGACCGUGUGCUUAACUAUAAUACAAACCCACAUAUUGACAUAUUGAAUUAACCUCUUUGAUGUCCCCUGACGGACUAAAAUCCCAGGAGCUAGCUACCUAGAUGUGUGUCCAUAUAUCUUACUGUAUACAGUUUGAAGUCGAACCGUGAUUUGUUAAACUUAUUGACAAUAUCUCCUUCGUUGUAAUGACCCGGCUUAAACAGGAGCGAGGCUUAAUUGAAUUUGCCUUUUUUUGUCCGCCCGUCAGCGACUCGGCCCGAUUGGCAUAAGCGCUUGUGUUGAACGCAUGUAAGAAAAGAUAUGCAUGAUGUAUGUGGCUGUCCCAUGAAGUGCAGAAUUAUGGCAAAUAACUUAGGUAAUCAAUAGCCUUUAUAUCAAACAGUCUUUUGAAGCACGAAACUCCAAAAGAAUAAUGGCCAGAGUCACACAGCUUUAUAUGAUUGUUAAACAAGCAUUAGUAUUUUGCUGAUGCCUCAAGUAGAAUUAUAGUUAUAACUGUUUAACUUCGAAUCCGCAUAAGAAGCAUGCCCACUUAUGUCACACCAUCUCGAUAAGUUGAGCUAGUCAUGCCACUUAUAAGGGUUAACCAGUUUUUAAACUGUCGUUCUAUUACAUGUAUGGUUCAAGUGAGGUAGAAUAAAUUAACAAUUGACGCGGCUAGUCCGAAUGUGGUGUGAAUUCUUCAGAAACGUUUGGGGUACUUAAUAAAUGUUAUUAGAUUGUCAGCGCUUGUUAUACUAAUAUUAACACACAGGGACAAAGAAAAUCACCUGAGAUAACAGAACCGGUUUUCGUCAGUAUAACAUGUGCGUGCAAUUUUAAAACUUAGAUGUGCAAUAAAUAUGCUUUGAUUUUGAGUAUCUGUUUGAAUAAAGUUUAAGGUAAAACACAAUUACUGAUUUAUUUAAAUCAAUUUG